AUGUUCUGGCGGACUCCUUCUGGCGUGCUUCGCCUGACCUCCUGGCUUCGCAGGGAACGACCCAAUGCGGUCUCAAUUCGAUGGCUGAUCCUGCUCCUGGCCACGCUGGCCGGCGCCAUCGGGUUCUAUCUCUUCGCCUUCCCCCAACUGCUCAGAUUGCGCAUUCGCGCCGGCUUGAGCUGGUAUGAUUUGGGCGCCGAGGGGUUCGGCCCAGACCAAUCCUACGUCUCCUUCGAUGAGGAAUCACCAAAGCUCGAGGUCUCUCCGCCGGGUGCCCAAUGCGACCCUCGCUACACGUUCCUGGCGCCCCGGGGCGACUCAAUCGCCCAUCCCGGUCCGAUGAUUCUCGAUUCCGCCGGUGAAUUGGUAUGGACCCAAUGGAACUCCGGCACAACUCAGGACUUCAAGGUCCAGCAGUACAAGGGCGAGAAGUACCUCACCUAUUGGCAGGGAGACACGGACGAUAAUUAUGGCCGGGGAUCGUGGUACAUGGUAGGGACACCUUGGGAUUGCAUGCGAUACCGUCAUCAACUAACAUUUCCUCUUGUCCAGCUGGAUUCGACAUACACCCAGAGACGUGUGGUUUCACCCGUCGGCAUGUACGAUGGUGAUCUACACGACUUCCAAAUCACUCCCAACGACACUGCGCUCCUCAUGAUCUACGACCCCAUCCCGGUAGAUCUAAGUCCCCUUGGUGGUCCUGAGUUGGGAUGGAUGUAUGAUGGGGUGUUCCAGGAAGUUGAUCUGGAAACAGGCGAACUUCUAUUCCAAUGGCGCGCAUCGGAUUUCUACAGCCCCGGCGAUAGUUACCACCCAAUCGGCGAUGCCGGUCAUGGGCGAACAUCGGCAUACGAUUACCUCCACAUCAACAGCGUCGACAAGGAUGACCAAGGUCGGUACUUGGUUUCUAUGCGCCAUAUCCACACCAUCGCAUGCAUCGACGGCAUCACCGGUGAGACGCUCUGGUCUUUGGGCGGGAAGCGCAACGACUUUGUCGACAUGUCCGAGGGAGCCGCGACAGAUUUUUCAUGGCAGCACGAUGCUCGAUGGCGCGGGACUAACCGUCUCAGCUUGUUCAACAAUGCGGCUGCUACCAACGACGACCCCUCUGCAGUCAGCCGUGGGAUGAUGGUCGAUUUGGAUCUUGAGGGUCGACGCGCAACAUUAAUUCAGACCUACGAGCAUCCUCAGGAUAUGAUGGCAGUCUCUCAGGGGAACCUGCAAGUACUCGACACCGGGAACGUGCUUGUGGGCUGGGGCCAUUCCGCAGCCUUCACCGAGUUCUCCCCAACAGGCGACGUCCUAUGCAAUGUGCAUUUCGGAGCUUCAGCCUGGUUCACCUUCGGUCGCGUGGUAUCAUACCGAGUAUUCAAAUUCGACUGGGUCGGCAACCCCAUCACAUCCCCCGAAGCUGUAUCCACAAUAGACAGUGUCUUCGUGAGCUGGAACGGUGCCACGGAAGUAUCUUCGUGGCAAGUCGAAGCCUGGGAUCGACAAAACCUAACCAACAUGACCUUCACUCCUGUCAAUCAAGUCGCGCGCGAUAGUUUCGAAACCGAAAUCCCACUCACUCCAAGUGUAGACUCUUUCUUCCGCGUGCGUGCCCUCCACUCCAAUGGAGACAGCUUGGGCGUGACUGGGGUCCUUCAGCGAGUGACAGAGUCCCCCGGGGGCUCUUCUGCGAACCCGUGGACGAUUGGAGCCAUCGUGCUUGUUGCGCUGGGGUGUCUGGGCUGUGGUAUUUACUUUGCGGUUCAUCGUCGUUUCUUACAGAAGUUCAAAUCUGGUGGGCCUUACCAAUUGGUCUCUCGCAAGGAUGAAGAUGAUGGCGAUGAGCAUCGUCUGCCUCUGUAA